AUGACGGCCCAAUAUGCGGACGAUGAGGACAUGUACGACAUGACAUUCCUUGCUGAGGAUGAUUGCGAUACGGACAGCGACGAUGAAGUGGAGUACUCGGACGAGGAUGAGGAGGAGGAAGGGGCUUGGGAAUGUGUCAUCCUCGACCUGGCAGCGGCAUUGACCGGACCUGAAGGCAAGGAGUGGUGGGCUGCUAUGAAGGGUGGGAUGGGGAGCUUUGACGAGCAAGGCACGUGGACCCUUCGCACGAUUCCUUUGACAGUUCCGAUGCCAUGCAAGCAACGCACCAGCCAAACCCAUCAGAUUGGGAACAUGUUGGGCAAGGCAACACUCUCGUCUCCUCGUAUGCCAUGCAUGCACCCUUCCAGUGUUGCUGUUAGAGUAGCGGUGGUGUUCUCUGGCCUAGUCUUUGUGGUGUUCUCUCUACCGUAG